CGCAGGCAUUUUUCGGUACUGUAUGAGUCGGUGGUCGAUGCGGCAGGUUGGCUCGCGCUACUCCGUCAGUCGUUUCCUUGUGAGUUCGGUCCAGUCCGGUGUCAAAGUUGACGCAAGAGUUGCGCCCAGUGUUUUGCGAGGACGGUGCGGCGUCGGAAGUGCGUGACAGUGUUUCUGCAAGUAUUUGAAAACUGUCCGCGUCAAGUACAGUCUGUUGCUAACCCUAACAAAAAGAAACAAACGGCAGCGGCUCUUAGAUGAUUGCGUGAGGGACCUCGGGCGACUGCUACCACGAUAUUGGAUCCUGGGCUGAGCUUGUCGUUUUGCCACCCUCCUCAUGUGGCCGCCCGCGCAUGGGAUACCCUUUCCACUGGACAGGCCGUGAGAAGCAAGCCCGAGGCAUCGACGUUGUGCCGAGACAUCGGGAACCAAGAUGCAGCCGCGUUAGUCGACGAAGGUUCACCAACUCGGCGCCAGCGUCGGAGCAGAAAGCAAACAGCCUGUGCUUGGGCACCUGCAAAAACCAAGGAGUUUGGGUUCUUGGAUAUGCAAGCCACUUACAUCUCAAGAUAUGGAGGUGUGAGCGCCGGACGUCCAAAAUGAGCCCACUCCCUGGCGAUCGCAUCCUGCGGGGCCCGAGCCUCCCGCCGCCACGUCGUCUGAUUUGAGGCCGCUGCUGUCGUUUUCGGUGCGUCGUUUUUCAGACGGCUACAAGAUGGCGGACCACAGUGAGCUGGUGACAGAGAUGAGCGUUGUGGAGAAGAUGAGCACCCAGGAGCGGCUGAAGCACGCCAAGAAGCGGCGCCAGCAGCAGCUGAAGAAGUGGAGCCAGCACGAGCGCGAGCUGCAGAAGUCCAAGAAGGGCAAGGCCUCGUCGCCGGCCGUCGCGCCGCCGCCCACAGAGUACAAGGUGCACUUCGUCCCCAGCGUCAUGCUCCUCGAGGCCGCAGCACGGAACGACGUUGACGAAGUCCGGCGCUUGCUGAUGCUGGGAGUGAGUCCCGAUUCUACCAACGAGGACGGGCUCACGGCAUUGCACCAGUGCUGCAUCGAUGACAGCGAGGAGAUGAUGAAGCUGCUUAUCGACUUCGACGCCAACGUGAACGCGAAGGACAGCGAGCAGUGGACGCCCCUGCACGCGGCCGCCACUUGCGGUCAUAUUCACCUCGUCCGCUACCUCAUCUCCAGAGGUGCUGACCUCUUAGCUGUCAAUGCCGACGGCAACAUGCCAUAUGAUAUAUGUGAAGAUGAGCCGACGCUAGACUACAUUGAAUCUGAGAUGGCAAAAAGGGGCAUCACCCAGGAAAUGAUUGAUGAAACCAGGGCAGCCAAUGAAGUAAUGAUGCUAAGUGACUUGAAGGGCCUGAGUGACGCGGGCGGUGACUUGGAAUUCAGGGAUGAGCAAGGUGCCACACCUUUGCACAUUGCAGCAGCCAAUGGGUACGUGUCUGUGGUCGAGUUCCUCCUGGAUCAGCAUGUGUCAACAGAUGUAUGCGACAAUGACCAAUGGCAGCCGAUUCAUGCAGCGGCUUGCUGGGGUCAUCCGGACGUGUUGGAAAUGCUGGUACAGGCUGGUGCUGAUCUGAAUGCACGCACCAAGAAUGGCGAGACACCAUAUGACAUCUGUGAAGAUCCUGACCUGAAGGAGAGAAUUGUGCAACUACGAAGUGAAAUGGAAACAAAAAGGGCCAUGCAGCCAAACAAACUGCGGCGUUCACAAAGCCAGAAUACUCGCAGCCAAUCGGUGCGUCGAACAAGCAUCCGUGAGAAAGGCAUGAUUUCCCGCCGAGAGGCUCGUGAGGAAGCCCGCAUCCGCCAAGAGCAGCAGGCACCACUGGGCAAGGAUGAGGAUGAAGAAGCGGUGAGGAGGAAGUCUGAAGGUGAUGUCAUGAAUGGUGACUCUGGCUCACUGACAAGCCCUGGCAGCGAUAGCGAGCGACCGGCCAACACAGUCUCAUCUGUGCCACUGUCAUUGGCCCCUCCAACCACUGCUGUGGAAGUGGCAGGGGCAGCAAGUUCCCCGAAUCGUUGUGGCUUGGAAGGAGUGGCUGACCCAGGGUCAUUGGGGUCACUAGCCCCGAUGCCCCCGCCGUCGUAUUCUGAGGUCUCGCCAAUGCCGGCAAGGCACCAGGGGGGCGCUGCGGAGGCAGUCAAGGUGGAAAUCCACGUGACCGUGAACACUCAACAAGCAUCUGUAGGCUUCUCGCCUCAGAAUGGAACGCUCUCAGACUUGAAGAAACACAGGGCCGACCUUCGAAACAGUCGUGGCUCCCUCACACUGUCUGCCUCACAGCAACAGGAAAUAGUCGGCAAAAUGGCAGCAUCUGCCACAGCACUUGGACAGAAUGGACACCAGCACCAUUUCAGUGCCACUGUUCGAAAACCGAGCUAUGAAGCUCCUCCAUCACCAUCGACGUCCCUUCGGCGUUUUCGUAGCGAUCCUUCAGAGAUAGUGGGUGAGCCGCACCGUAAGGACUGUUGUGCCCUCAUGUGAUGAUGCCAAAAGGACAACGAAGAAAAGAAAAAAAAAAGGAAAAAAAAAAAGAUAUUUACCUUUGGGUUUUCAAACAAUGCACUUGCAAAAGCAUUUGCACUCCUCAACAUUUUCGACGUUGCGAUGACGCGAAACACAGUGCUUGUGCUCGCGACCGCAGUGAGCUUCAUGGUGGGUAAUGGUUCCGGUUAGAUAGAGAGGCUAGUGAUAGGUUACCCCAGGUGCGCAUGUGCCAAUAUAUGAUACACGACGUGUUGUCCAGAAAAAUGCUUAUACUUUUCCUUCUAGAGGUUGUUGUAAUUCCAGGCAGCCUAAUACGAUGAAAGCCACUGUCCAAAUUUUUUGGCAUUUUGUGAUGGGCUUUCAUGUAAACAAAACGUAAAGGACAUUCAGUGAAUUAAGUCCAAAGGACAGGUAAAUGUGCCAAUGGACAAUUUAUUUUUGCUUCAGUUCAUUGUGUGCUCCUUGUACCAGCACAUUUUUACAACGAGUGGAUUUGUACCGGAGAUGCUCAAAGGGACAUAUAUGCGGUAUAUUCAAGCCAUAGUGAGUGGUUAAGUUUUUUGCCAGCAGUAGUGUGCGAUUGUUUUUGGAAAUCAUGUCUGCAUUAGAGUGAAGCUUUUCUUUACACUGUACCUUAUAAUAAGAUUAUAUAGCAGGCAUCUGAACUUUCCACAUAUCGAAAGUUUAAACAAACUAACAGCACCAAAAAAUUAUUAGGACAUUUUCUAUGAAAGAAGUGAACUUUACCACAGCUUGGGCACACAGCCUGUAAAAGAGUGUUGGUUGCACAUACUAGAGCAGAGUGAAAAUGAAAUUGGGACUGCAAAUUUUGUGGAUUUCACAGGUUCUGCAUCCUGUAGGUACCAACACUACCUUCGACUAGUGAACCAUUCCAUAAAAGUAAUAUAAUGCUGCUGCAGUCUUGCCUGUGGCCUUUACAGCUGUUUUAUUGCAAAGGAAUUGGUUAAACACUGUCUUGUUGCCAAGCUUGAUGUUAAAGUUCAAGUGGUUGUUGCAGCUUUACAAGUGACUGGAAAGUGAAUUUGUUUUGUACAGCAGCGAAAAUGCAUUUAAUAUGGUAUGUUUUACAAUGAAAAGGCUUUUUCUGUCAAAGUAGGCAGUGGAACUACUUUGGUCCUGUUGCACGUAGAUGAAUUCACAGUUCAGACAAGGUGUCACAAUGACUUUUCACUUUGCAUUACGGCAUGUUGUUGACAUGGCCACCACCAUUUUUUCUUUACAUGGGGGUUUAUUAAUGCAUAUGCAGCUAAUGACAUCGCGCCUGAACAGAAGUACUGAGAUUAUCUCGAGACAUUCUCUGUUUGGCUUCCAAUCGGAAUGCAAGUAGAACCUCGUUGAUACAUUCCGGUAUGUUAUGUAUUCCCUGCUCUUACGCUCUGAAAAUGCUGGUUCCAUUUAGUUACCAUAGGGUAAUGCAUAUUAGCUUCCCGGUUAUGUCCAAAAACGUGAUUAUGCCACUGACAUGGCAUAAUCAAUCAGUGGUGCUUGCAUUAACCGUCACUAUUGUGACCUUCGAUACCUUGCGCAGCUACUUUGAUAUACACAGCUGUGCGGAAACUGAAGAAAGAACUGUGUGCUUAAAAAGAGGCUGUUAUUGUUCUUUGACACACAUGCAAGAUGGAAAUCGUAAGCUUCAUUUAGUGCAAUUCAUUGCUACAACUGCUCCGAAAAUGUUAAAUCUAACUGCCAAGUAGCAAAAGCAAGCUUUACGUAAUGGGUUUGCAAUAGUUAAUUUGCUUUCUACCAAACUUAAAGUAAAGUUCUGUGUAAGAGUAACUUUUUGCCUCAUUUGUACAAUUGCCACAAAUGUUCUUGGAUGUUACAUAUUCCUGAAACCAUUCAAUAUUUGUUUACGUGCUCCUCUAAGAAGUGUAGUAAUGAGGUUCUACUUUAUAGUGUAAAUGCAGCAUCUUGUUUCAUAUACAAGUAUGUAGAAAAGAAAAAUGGGGCUGUUGCACUUUCUCUGGUCCACAUGCUUAUGCCACAUGACAAGUCCUCACUACACUGCACAUAAAUAUUUCUACCAAUCUGCAAUAUGUAUAACCCAUUUUACCUUGGUUUUCUAGACGUUGCCAUUCUAAACAGUAGCCUCUAUCCAUAAUGCACUUGGCAAGAGCAAAUUAACAAACUCGUCUAACACUAUAUAAAGAUUUAAGCUAGUUUUGUUUUGAAACUUUGUAUUGAUAGGUAGAGUGAAAAAAAAUUCAAGCUUUUACUUUUUGAAUAUUGUACUCAAAUUGUGAUGCCAAUGUGAUGUCAUGUAUCUCGUGGCAUUUUCAUGGAUGUUUACCAUUUUUAUGCAUUCAUAUAGGAAGAGUUCCCAACAGCUACAGCUCGCGAGUUUUGAUUGCAUUGGAAUGCAGUUUAAUCCUCCAAUGUGGGUAAUUGACUAUCACCCAGCAGCCACUGUCAUAAUUUGACAUCAUGGGAACAGGAACUUCAAGCUAGUGUUGUUACACACAUAAACAUUUUUUUUGUGUGUGUCUGUACAUAUUUCCUGGCUUGCUAUGCAAGCAUUAAAUUAUAGUAAGUCUGACAUACUUACCAUUACAGAAGUGCAACUUUUAAUAGUUCUCUUUCGUGCCCCUUUCAGACUCCUUUGUUUAUAGACAGAUUGCCAAUACAUGUAUGGUGCUGCAGUAUACAAAGUUUCACGUUAACUGCCCAGUGCUCUAGAUGACGUACACUGUGUGAUUGGAAGAGAAUAGCCUGUACAGUGUUGAUUGAUGAAAUUGUGUGUGGCAAACAUUAUAGUGGAUGGCUUCCUCUGUUGCGGGUACUAGCUUGUUCAGGCCGAUGCCAGUGUUCAUUAAUCGUGCAAGUUGGGGAUGUAGCAUUUGUAGUAAUCCUAGUGUAUCUCAAACAUUAAUUUUCUGCUUUGGAACUCCAUUUCUAAAGUAGUUAGAACAUUUUCUUUUAAAUAAGAGUAAAUCUUGUCUGCACUGUGAAAGAUUAUUGAUUAUUGAUUAUUGAGACCUUUGAAGUCAGUGAGCAGCUGUGUUUCAGGACAGGUAUAAGAGGCACUAAAGAGUAUGGCUUGUUCAGAGCCUUUGUGCCCUUCAGUCUUGUUUCAGAUGAUGACGAAGCUGGGGCAUUUCUGACAUAGGAAAAUUAUUAAACAUGUGACAGCUAAAGAACAAUAACCUAACACUAGCAUAAUUGAACGCACAAAGUUUGUACUUCGGUGGCAAAUUCUUUUUUAAUUUUAAAGUAAUGAAUGGGUCAUUUUUGCUUCAAAUGGCACUUCAGUGGGCAUUUCAGAGCUAAGUGCUUCGCUUUAACGCACAUGAUAUGUAGGGGCUGGUUUGAGCUUCAAAAAUACACACAUGUACCCUAUGCUGCCGCAUAUUUUCCAUGAAUGUGUUUAGUAGUAGUGUUUUAACUGGUCCUUUCAUCUAUUGUGUACAGUCGGCACUACUAGCUAGCCAGCCAUUAUCUUACUCAUGUUGACUAAAUGUAGAGUUGUACGCUGUAGGUCAAUUUUAAUUGCAACUCUGAACAUACUUCUACGGAGAACUGUGUGGGUGACAAGUUAUUGCUUGUUUGCUUCACUAAGCUUCAAUUCUUUGAGAAUGUUGGAGCUGUGAAGUGUCUUGUCCUCAGUGGGACCAUUGUAAGAGAUGCAGAAUGUUGUGAACACUGCACCUUGUUGACCUGUCUCUUGACAGCUGUAUAGAGUUAGAUGGGUUUACUGCUGAAAUCUUUUACCACAAAGUGUGGCUCUCCAUAAUUUAGGAUGACUGUUUCCCCGGUAUGUGCUGGCCUGAAUAACCCUCUUUCUUUUUUCAAUCCUCCUGGCGUUUUUUUGCCAGCAUUUCUUUUCUGUGUAAAAUGUAUAAAUAUAGCCAAACAGCAGAUAAGCUGCAUGCUCUGUAGUGUUAUAGAUAUAAACCUUGUUUUGUUGUGUUUAUGCUGCAUUUUGAUGUCUAGUGCGGCAGUCGUAAGCAUUAUAUUUUAAAAUAAGAAACUUCAUCAUUCCACCAGACAGACAUGCCCAGGAUUGUGAAAGGCUGCCAAAUAGAAACCAGAAUGUUUUUUUUGUUUUCAGAUACAUUGUUCUUGGGCAAAUUGUUUUUUGCUUUUGUUGCAAGGGAAAAAAUUUCUUCAUCCGAGUGAUGUUUUUCCCCGUCUGUUCGCAGAAAAGAAACACCGUAGGAAGGGCACACUAUUUGAUGAAAAUGUUGAACACAUAUACAAUUAUUUUUUGUGGCAUAUAUGUCUGCGAUGACAUCGUUAUGCCUAUGCUACCAAAAGAUGAGCCUAGUGACAAUUAGUCUGAGCAUGUUAGCAGCAUUCCAGUUUGGGUGUUUGAAGUAUCACCAGGUCUAGCCAAAGCUUCUUGAGAUGCCAUCCUGGUUGGUGCCAACAAGUUUUAACCACCAAGUUCAUAAAGGCCAGAAACAAAUAUUCAUCUGCAGGCAUAGUGUGGGUCCUUUUUGGCAUCUUGCUGGUGGUACUUUUGGGCUGGUUACAUAAGGCAGUAGUUGUGCUGCGGUUUGUACUAGUGCGUACUUGUCAAAGACAGUGUCAUUUCUGAUGACUGCACUGCCCUAAGUAGUGGCCUUUCAAGUGCAGUAAAUCACUGCCUUGCUGCAAGCACCCAUAGCCAGCUGGUACCAAUCAGCUUAAUGUCUAGACUGUGUGAUGCGACAAGCUUGUUUGAUCUGCACACAUAUUGACGUCCUUUUAGCUAACAGUCUGUGCAUGAGCGUAUCUUUGUACAUUGCUGCAUGCACUGUUUGGGAGUAUUCAUCGGAUUGUGUUGCCAACAAACUGGAAGUCUUCAAGCUGCUGUGACAGUGACACACAAUUGUUGCCAACGUAGCAACAGUCAACAGAAUCCACUGUAAAACUGCCAUGUUGCAAUCAGCCGGUGGUAGUUAUGGCUACCACCUCAAAUGUAACCGGGUGUAUCUAAUUUUAAGCAGUUGCUGUCAAGCAUCGUCAGACGUGUUCCUGAUUACGUAUUGCACAGCAGUGUGACAGAAACACGAAAAAUUUUAGGCUGAUUGGAGCCUUUUAAAAUGGGCUGGCAGCUCAUAUUGUGUCGGUGACGAUUACAGCAACUGUGUUAAUUUUCUGUGAAUUCUUGACCAGCUCUCCAGCCGAUAUGGAUUUUUUUCCUUUCGGCAUGUACUCUGCUGUGCAGCUGUAGCAGAGUGUUUCUGUAACUUGUGCACUUUCUUCUCUUUAGAAGGCCAUGAAUAAAACCUGGGAAUACUG